UAUCGCAUUUCUUCUUCACAAGUCGAUAAUGUAAUUUUAAUCAUCAUUAUUGUAAUUUUCCGUUUUUAUAUAUUACUCGUUUAAAUACCGUGACGUAUAUAACUGAAUCGUUCGUUCAGUGCCUGACUACAGUGUAUUCCCGGACAUCCAUCGCGCUGUGCAGCGGUAGAAACAGGGAUUUGCGUUGCUGGUGAAUUAUUUAUCGAUCCCGGCUUCGCGCUACAGCGUUGAAUAAAAUUAAUAUAUUGUUUGGAUUUGGAUAUCGUAUCGAGAGUGGUGUCGCAUGUGUUAUUAAACCUCGUCUCGCCUUCCAGUGCUCAUCGUCGUCGUCGUCGUCGUGUCCAAUAAUAGCGUCGCAAGUGCACGGACCAAGUGUGUGAAAUUAGAAUAGCAUAUACAAAUAUGCGAAAUCGAACGACUAUUAACGCGGAGACUGUAAUAAAUGAUAAUAUACUAAACUGAUAAAAAUCAACACUCCGGUAUCGAAGGUGGAAAAAUUAUCACAUCUAGUGUAUUUGAUUAUAAUAUUUGGUCUUCUCUCUUCACAUACGCGAUUUAAUCCAGCGGCGCCACGGCUCGUUUUUAUUGCUGAUAUAUUAUACGGCAAAUAAAUAUUUGAGCGUGUUUUACGCGUAGUACGUUUUUUUUUUUCUUUUUUUUUCAAAUGAAACAUCUCGAAAGUGGUGGAAACGUAAAAAGGAGAGAAGAAAAAUCUUUAUUUGCACCAACUGAUAUCGCUCAUAUUCUGCGUGCAGACCGCUAAAAAUAGAGCCGACUCGCUGACAAAAUAUUUACCGCGAACAAACAAUAUUCGUCAAAUGUUCACGGGGAAGUAAAUUGAACUGUUGAUGUAUAACGGAGACGAAAAAAAAAUAUACGUACAUCAUAAAAUAAAAUCUUAUACAGCCUCUUAUACAUCACUCACGUGUUGUUACGUAUAAACCAUAGAGUGACGAGAAGUGGAAAUCUUAUCGAUAAACUAAAACGGCGAAUAAUCAAAUUUCAACAACUAAUCCAUAAUUCAAUAUCUACUCGAGGUGAAGAAUAUUAUUCAACUCUUUUUUCUCCGUAAUACUAUUCUUGCUUUUUAAAAUCCUAUAAAAAUGUUCGUCAGUCUCGAAAUAUUGUGUUUACACAUGUGUGAUAAUUCGCGGUGGUUCCAGUGAUAUCACUCGGAUAUAAACGAAGAUUUUACAGGCUUACGACGGUUAAAUCAAGACUUUGAGUCCGUAAGAUUUAAGGAUCGAUUUGCAUUUUUCUUUUUAAAUUCGUGAAUGAAUUUCACCGUGUGUGUACAUACUCGUAUUUGUUACACGUGUAACCAAACCAGUUAUAACGAAGCGGAAAGAGGAAUAUUGGCAAAAUACCGUAUAACCUUCCUUAAAACGUGAAAUAAUCCAGUACGCUGAACGAUAUACUUGUACAAAGUUGUUAAAAAAAAAAUAAAACAAACAAAUAAAUGGCGCCCGCGAACACGUUGAAUUGGUCAGAACCGCGCCAGGAAUGGCGUUAUCCAAAAUUCUGUCUGUCGGGUCAAAGGGGCGAUAAACCAGCGUCGAAAAGCACGUUGGAAGUCAACGAAAAGGAGGCCGACAGUGCCUACAAGAAGAUUUGCAAAUUUUUACGAAAUCUCGGUGUUAAAAAACGCAAGGAUGGCAGCAAGGUGACCACCGUAGUGGCAAGUGCAGGAGCUGGGCCGGACCGUCCUCAAGAAGUUGCCUACACCGACACCAAAGUCAUCGGAAAUGGAAGCUUCGGUGUCGUUUACCAGGCCAAGUUGUGCGACACCGGCGAAAUGGUUGCCAUCAAAAAAGUCCUUCAGGAUAAACGAUUUAAGAACAGGGAACUUCAAAUCAUGCGACGUCUAGAGCAUUGCAACAUCGUAAAACUUAAAUAUUUCUUCUAUUCUAGUGGUGAUAAGAAAGACGAGGUGUAUCUCAAUCUAGUGCUGGAAUACAUCCCAGAAACUGUGUACAAAGUGGCCAGACACUAUAGCAAAAGCAAACAAACGAUACCCAUCAGUUUCAUCAAGCUAUACAUGUACCAGCUUUUCCGGUCAUUAGCAUACAUUCAUUCGUUGGGAAUAUGCCACAGAGAUAUCAAACCGCAAAAUCUUCUUUUGGAUCCGGAAACGGGCGUGCUUAAGCUCUGCGAUUUUGGUUCAGCCAAACAUUUGGUUAAGGGUGAACCAAAUGUAUCCUAUAUUUGUAGUCGCUAUUAUCGUGCACCAGAACUCAUUUUCGGUGCAAUUGACUACACCACAAAGAUUGAUGUAUGGAGUGCAGGCUGUGUGCUAGCAGAAUUAUUACUUGGUCAGCCAAUAUUCCCUGGCGAUAGUGGCGUCGAUCAACUUGUCGAGAUCAUAAAAGUUCUUGGCACACCGACUCGUGAACAAAUCAGAGAAAUGAACCCCAACUAUACAGAAUUUAAAUUCCCUCAGAUCAAGUCACAUCCCUGGCAAAAGUUAAUGCUUCAACGAAUGAGCGCGCCUAAAUGUUCGACCGAGCACCAAAAAAUUAGAGUAUUUAGGGCACGUACACCGCCCGAAGCAAUGGAACUUGUUGCCCGACUUCUAGAGUACACGCCAUCCUUGCGAAUGACGCCCCUGCAAGCCUGUGCUCAUUCAUUUUUCAACGAAUUGAGGGAGCAAUGUACUCGAUUGCCAAAUGGUCGUGAACUUCCACCUCUUUUCAACUUCACGGAACAGGAACUGCAAAUUCAACCAACCCUGACUCCUAUCCUAAUCCCAAAGUACAUGCAACCAUCGGAUAAUCCUGGUGCCCAGUCAGAAGCUACUAAUGCAGCUGCAGGAGCCAGCGGUAACUCUAGCGAUAAUAGCGCAAACAUCAGUACACCGACCACCACACAAAACACGGACCCAAGCCAGUCGAACAUGGCUUAGAAUUCAUUUUUUUACAUUUUAAAAAAUUAAAGAAAUUAUACUAGAAUACCCUGAAAAUAACUUUGAGAGCUUCUGAAGAGGAUGUAGCAUUCUAACAUUCUAAACUGAAUCGAGACUCUCUGCGCAGACCCUCCUGGACUAUUGUACAGUUUUCAUCAAGCUUACACUCUUGAUUUUUUAUACACUUAAUCACAUUAUGUUCACACAGCUCAGACUUUUAGUAUUUUCUUGAACAGCAAUUUAUAUAAAGUAUUAGUCCGGCACUGGUAAUGGAAAUUGGUACUAAAAUCGUGUUAGACGAAUUUUACCAAAGUAUAAGGUUUCUCUAAAAUAUUUCCAUGUAUGGCUUCGCAUUGACAAGUUCAUACGAUUAACUAACUCGAGUUCUGAAAAAUAUUCUUACAUAUAAUAUUCUUUAUUUUGUAUACACGAACCAAUUGAAAGCUUCGCUUUUAAAUUUAUUCAUGUGUCUUUGCAAACUCUGACUAAAUGGCUUAAAGCAAUUUAACAGCAUUAAAAUUGAAAAAAAGAAAUUAAGUUGUGAGUAGAAUAUUUGAAAGAAACUGUCACGAAUUGUAUAAAGUCCAGGCAAAAGUUCUGUUGCCGCUAUGGAAUUAGUCUACAAUAUGGGGACUGGUUAGAACUAGAAGCCUCUUCCGUCAACGUAAAAAGCAACAUGUUAGUUGAAAAUAUGUAAUCUAAGAUUUAGUAGCAAAAAUAUUGCUUGCAUCGUCUUUUUAAGUAAUUACGAAGCUAGCUUGAAAAAAAUGCCAGUCGGAUUGAAGUACACGCUACAUUAAACUCUCAUUACGAUAAGUACAUGACGUUUCAUUUAUUACAGACCAAGAACCAUGGUUUAAAAGGAAAAGAAAAAGAGCCAGAAAAAAUGUUGUGCUGGUAAAAAAGUUUUAGAAGGUAGAGAAAUACUAAAAUAAUCGUACGAUAUUCUGUACCAAGUGAAAUAUCCUGUACAUAUAAUACGUGUAGUAGUAUUUUUAAUUUUUGUGUUCAAACUUUAACACAUGUGAUUACUACAGAUAAUAUUAUAAGUGUGUUUCAUUCAAAUGCUCGAAGUGUGUGCGAACGAAUCGUCGUAAGACGAUAUUUGAAACCUUAAACACGUAUUUCUAACAUGACUAGAGAGAACUUAGACAAAAAUGUUAUCAGCUAAUUAUAUUAUUGUCAAAGUAUAGUUGAAUAGAAAGUGCAGCCAUAUUAAAAUGAGUUUCCAAUUAAAUUUUCAUGAUACGAACUGCAUACUUGUAAAGACGGUUUCUCUUUCGACUUCCAUAUUUACCAUAUUUAUUCUGCUGAUUGUCUAGAUAUUUCUUCUCUCUUUUGUUUUUUGUUUCUUCAAUUUUUGUGAAAAUUAGCUUACAUUGAAAAUAUUGUUCCCUGGUUGGACAUAUGCUUGGAGACGGUUAGUAACGUGGAUUUUUCAUUUUUUCUGAUCGAUAUAAAUUAUCUGACGAAAGGGUAAACAGUUACGUUUUUCAUUCUUACUUAACUUUUCGAACAGUAAGCUGUUUUGCAUUUUGUUCGUAUCUACACGAUAUAUACUGUUUAGUAUACCUACAGACAUGCAUAUCAUAAUAUUGCAAAGAAAAGCUGCUGAUAAUGGGAAUUGAGAAAGGUACGUCUGUGCGCGAGGCGAAAACAUGAAAACGUAAAUAGUCUUUGACGUGUAUCGAAUAUGUGGGAAUUUCACUGUUCCAUUAUUGCAUUAGACACGUCGCAGUUUGGCAGGACGAGACUACAGCAUCAUGAGAGCACAUUUUGGUCGUACUCAUUUACUACAGAUGGUGGAUAAACCAUUGUUGGCAAUAAUAUAGGAAUGGACGUACCUGAACCGUUGAUUUCCUUCUUUAAAAAGAAGAAAGAGCUGACCAUUCGUUUUAGAAUUUUAUAAAUGUUGAUAUUUCAUUAAGUUUUCCAUGAUUGCUCCGUUUAACGAUACGCUAUAGUUUUGAUUCUAAAUUAUCGAUUAAAAUCAAUAUUCAAAAUUAACAACUUUUGGACUGCAAUCUCUGGCUUACAAUAUUCACCUACUCCGAUUGAAAAAAAAGUGAAAUAGCAAAUCGUAAGUCGACAUGUGUUGCUUAUAACAUGAUAAUGGCAUUGAAUUGCCAGUUUUAAUAAUUUUACGUAAAUAAUUUAUUUAUCUUAGGACUCUGUUUAUUAUACUUAAAUUUUUCAACAGGCACAACUAAAAAUAGAAGUUGGUCCUUUCUCAAAACGUCAUACUUUGAUUAUAAUAAGUUAUUUCGUAUUUCAGGCGGAGAAAAACAUUAAAUUCAAAACCGAGGAGGUCAAAUAACGCUGUGAAUGGUAAUAAGACACGAAGUUUGAAUCGCACGCCUUAACAGAUUGUUGAUUAUUUAUCGUAAUUAUUAUUGUGAAUAAAUAAAUUGAUUGAAUUAGCUCGAUUUAAUCUAAUCUACCUUUAAUUCUAGAUGUCUAGGAUUUUUUAAUGACUAAUGACUGCAUUGAGAAUAGUGUGGAUAUCCGAACCUACUUUCGAUCAACGAUUCUUACCAAGCAAUGUGUUCUAAUAUGAGUAGUAGUUUUGCAUUAGUGUUUUGAGGCUUAAGUGUGAAUAUUUACAAAGUGAAACUUAGGUGACAUUGAAGAAUUGCUCCUAAUCGUAUGACGUAUAAAUAAACCCCUUGGCAUCUUUCGGACAACUGCAUUAUUACUGGUUUUGAUCCACCCUACAGUAUCCCAACUAGUUAUCUAGCCACGGUAUUACUGCAAUGCAGUCAUCAUUCUACAAUAUUCCAGUUGCAAACUGGUUGGAAAAAGUGGCUGAAUUAAUUAAUUUCUGGUUUCUGUUGUCUUUGAUUUUUCAAAGCUCGUGGCAACACUUCAAUCACACCAAUAUGGAUAAAAGAGGGCGGGAGGAAGGAAGGGCGGGGGGGGGGGGGUGAUAUACCCGUGUAAUAUAGUGAAAGUCUAAUAUUGUACACUUAUACGUAUAUAAAUAUAUAUACAAUAUGUCUAUCUCUCUAGAUUCGUAUCUGUAUAUUAUUUAUAUAUCUAUAUUAUAUUACAUUAAUUUAAAUAGCAAAGGUAUGCAAAAUAAUAAUUAUAAGGAUAAUAUUAUUAUUGUAUAAAAAAAAGGAAAAAAAAAACUAAAAAAUGUGGAUAGAAAGGUUAAUUCUUAUUAAUCCUCACCAUAUGGCAUUCUCACCUGUCAUUCAUAGUUUCGUAACAUAGUUAAGUGUAAUUAAUGUUCAUUGUUAAUGUUAUGCGUGCAUGUAUAUAAUAGAUCUGUAUUGUAUAUACAUGCAUGUAUAAAUGUAUACGAAAUUAUAAUUCGUGUCACAUUAGUUCUGACCAUAGGCUGCUUUAAGGUAAAUAAAUUCAUCAUUAUAAUCAAAACUAAUAUCCAAAUUGUCAUGAAAAUGAAAUAUCCGAGGAAGUAUGUACCUAUGCAUCAAUAUCCUUCCUCAAAUAGAUUAACCAAUCGAACUUUCUAAUCUCUGAACAAGAUGUGCCUUGUUUCACAACACACAUCAAGUUUAUAAUGCGGCUUGUCAAAAAGUUUUCUAUCAUCAUUUCGCUUUUGAACACUGUCAAUUUUCUCCAAUAAUGGAUCAAAACACGUGUGUCAAUCCAAAGCAUGCACAAUUCAUAGCACUUACACAUUCUCUGAAAGUAAUAUAGUUCUGUCGAUCAUAUUUUGGCCCUGUUGAAGAAGAAUGCUUUGGACUCGUGUUAUAUGAUCGUGAUGCCAGAAGAGGAAGUGUAUCUAAUUAUAAGAAAGGAUCAUUGUAAAGUAACACUGUGUAUAUACCUAUAUAAAAAUGUCAUGUUGCUGUUUCGAAGAUUGCCAAACAAACGUGGAUUCAUGGAUAUUUUUAAUUUUCCGUACACUUGUUUUUAUGUUUCGCAUUUCUACUAUUGCCUGACAAGAGCAACGCACUGUUGUUUAUAUGCCUUAGCAAUUGUCCCGAUACAUGGAAAUGUAUCUAGAUAUCUUUUUUAAGAAAAAAAAGAACUAUCUCAAACAAUUGCUAAUGCUUGACAAAUACUGGAGUACCUAUUGACGAAAGAUGAUUUAUAACUUGCAAAUUGUUAAGAAAAAUAUUAUCUUAAUAUGUCAAAAAAUACGAAGUAUGAAAAAAAAAAUAAAAAUUAAACACGAUCGCUAGCUAUGAAUAACUAAAAUAGUCUAAGCGGCUUCGAAAUUUAAUGUGUAAAGGACAAAAACUGCGCUAGAACAUAUACAUUUUUUCACCACUAUGAUACCCUAAUUAAAAGUAAAUAUUCCUAAUCAUAAAUUUAUAGAAUUACAGGUGUGAACUUUCUUUCAAUUUGUAAUAUUUUUUCUUUCGGUUUUUUUUUUUUUUUUUUUAUUCGUUCCAUUUUUUUGUUAAUGUAAAAGAAAAGUACACAUCAUACAUAUACAUAUAUAUAUAUAUAAUAUAUAUAUAUGUAUAUAUUUAAGAGUAAGUUGUAAGUUAUGGUAGUGCUGAAUUUCUUUUAAGGUGCCGAUUGUUUGGAAAAAUAUAGGGAUGAAUUUUUUACGAUGCUGACGUGAUAUAAACUGAAGUUUUCUUUUUCUUCGUUUCCUUCAGGUCGACCAAUUAUUUACUUGUAUAAUAGCUUUUCACCAGGUUCAUGGAGAAUUAUAACAAAAAAGUUUUCAUAUGUUGCAUAGGGAUGUCAAUUCCUAAUUUCUCAUAAUAAAAUAAACUAGACGUUAAUAACGAAGGAAUGGACAACCCUGGCAACUUGGAAAAAUUUUAAAUAUCUACCUAGGUAUAUCAGGAGCAACGUACGGACGUCAAUAUUAUAUACAUAUAUAUUGAUGAAAGAAAUGCAUUAAUCGAUGAAAAAAGUGGGAGAAUUAUCUAUUUACUUGCUAUCAAUCUCAUAUAAAUAUAAUAACUAUAUAGAAAGCAGGUUCACCUAAAUUUAAGAUUAAUUCAAGAUAAUUCAAGAUUACGCGAUAAUUAACAGAAAUUGCGUGGUGUAAAACUUUAGUUCAGAACAGGUUGGAAUACUAAUAUGUGACUAAUUUUUUCAAAGUUGAAAUAAAAAAGAAUAUGUUGUAUAUGUUGAAUAUGUUAUAAUAUGUUGACAUAAGAGCAGGCAAAUUUGGAAGCAGUAUGUGUUUUUCAAUUCAUUUCUGGUUGUAAAUUAAUUGAAAUUUACUUAUGAUUAAGAUUUGUAUCUAUGUCUGUUCGUUGCUACUUGCCACACAAGGAAAAUUAAUUUCAAUAGGAUUGCUCGAGCAGUUAUGUUUUAAAAUUCAAAUUUAUCAUUGAACUGCUUUAUGUAAAAUUGUUCGAUCAACAAAUUAUUCAAUUAUAAAUAAUUGUAUGGUCUUAUGCAGCACUGGUCAUAUAAGCGAUUUCAUCUUUAAUGUUUGCUUCUGAUCUAUUUGCAUGUGGAUAUGUGUAUUUAAAUUUUGAAAGAAACGAGAAACUGAAUUCAAGAUCUUUGAGACGUGGUGAUAACUAAUAUUCGAAUAGUUUCACUUUAUUACAUUUACUUUAAGUAACGUUUAACAAAAUUCAAUGAAAAUGGUGAUGAUUCGUACAUUUGAAUAUAAAUUAUGUAAAUCAAAAGAAAUGUAUCGCAUAAAAAUUGCCCGUCGUUGUGCAGACACAUUUAAUGGUAAGUCUGUUCAGCUUAUUUGCAUUUUAAAUUGAAAAAAAAAAAAAAGAAAUUUCGAAUAAGAUGUAGGACUAAGAUAUUUAGAGGGUUCAGCGGUGGGAAUGAAAAAGAAAAUUGUACAAAAUGCUACAUAAAUAAUAAUUAUUAUUAUUAUCAAAUAAUUAGCCACACUUGAGAAUGUACCGGUAAAAAAAUUGUUGAAUAUCACAUAUAUGCCGCGUUGAUUAACAUGAGAUCGCAGAAACUUUAACGGAUGGUCAUUGGAAUGAUUGGUGCACCACGCAACAGCUACUUGCUAAAUCUGCGCACUUUUACGGUUUGGAAAAUUUUCAAACGCAAUUAUACGAUAUUGUGCUCGAAAAACUAUUUUGUUUUAUACAUAAACAGUCUGAAUAGAUUUUGUAUCACAAUAUCGCUGUCGGUAUUUAAUAGUUUCUUUUCCGAUACACUUGCAAUUAGAUUAAACAUAGAUGAUACUGUCAUACUAUAUGUGAGUAGUAUACUUGAGAAAAACGAGAAUACACUAUUACGAAAAAAUAUUAAUUAUAUUGGCAGUAGGAAUCGCUGUAUACUUUAUCACUAUACCAAUACAAUAAUAAAUAGAGUAAAAAAAAAAAUAAAAAAUUAAACUUAAACUACAAGACGACGGAUAUGCAUACAAAUAUAUAUAUAAUUAUGUAUUAUAUAUUAUUAUAUAUAUAAAUAAUACACCAUAAAUACACUCAACACGUUACUUUAGGUCUUGAAUAUAAAGAUUUCGUAAUAUACUUCAAUUGUCUACUUAGAUUAACCAUAUCAGAGUGAUGGAUCAAUCGGGUUGUACUCUUUAUGCAUCAUCUCUUAUAUGCAAUAUUUCAUAUUUAUUAUCCGCAUUAAUUUUGUAUAAUACUGCACUUCAGUUAAGUUCGAUGCGCCGUCUAUCCGCGAAAUAUGUACCGUAUGUUAUAGUCGAAAACAUGUUAUUGCGUUAGGUAAGGGAGGAUUGGGAGAAAAUUGACCAGUUCAUUAAAUGUUUCAAAAGAAACGCGGUUUUAUUUAUUCUAUGAAUUUCUUGUUCCAUAUUGCAUCAUAUCAGAACUGGCCGCACUCGCUAGUAUAGAAUUGGUAUAUCUAUAACGUGGAAUGUAAGCUUAAGAUUUACAGACCGCAAAUGAAUAUGUCAUUCCAUUUCAUGACAUCUGCUUGUACACAAGCAAAAUCCAAUAUCCGAUGCUUACAAUUUGAUUAGAAUAAGAACGGCUUAAAGAUCAUCGUUCUCUUUAUCUUGCCAAUAAGAUAUUGAUGCCAAUUUUUUUUGGGAUCGAAUGAUUUCAAAUAUGCGACAACGGUAGUUUCGAGGCACUGAUCUCAGUGAAAAAUGCCAGAAAACGAAGGUUUUCGCAUCUAUUGUAAUAAAUUGUGAAAUAUCUCGCAGUGCAAUUCGAAACGAUCAUCAUUAUUUUAAAUACUGAUUUACGUAGACAAUGGAAAUAUAUACCCAUGCGCAACGUACGUAUAACGUUAAAAACACAGAAGACAAGUGUACAGCUUCGUUGUUAUUAAUAAAUGAUACAAUUCUCACCUAUACUUUUUGAUAUUUUCAAACAAACGCCGAAAGAGAAAGUUACCCGUUACAGAAUGUAUGCUGGAUCUAAAGUUGGUGAUCUAAUCGUACUAAGAGCCAAGCGCAUCCUAAGAUAGAAUUAACUUAUGUUUUCUUUUUAGUGUUUUCGAAUUUUCUUUAUUGACCUUCGAAUAGAAUAAAAAGAGUUCACUGAAAUUUGAAUUCGAAAGGGCCUUGGAACGAUUAGUUCCAAAUGCCGCGCCGAUACCAUCCUCUUCAGAAGUCCGUUAUUUUGAAGUUUUUCAAAACGCUUGUAAGACCUUAGAAUUGCUCGAAAAUGAUCUCAGAGUUGCAGAUUUUUCACAGGUGAUUGUGAAAUUUGUUGCUUAUGAUAUACCUUGCAAUCUAUGCUCGAAUAUUGCGGCCCUGAAACGAAUAAAAAAAAAAAAAAAUAGAACUAAAUUUCAACAAAACAAAACAGUUUAAGAUUAACGUAAUGGGUUCAGGGGUUCAGUUAUUAUCAAUACUGUCUGUUGUUAUCUCGCGAGCGACGCCACUAUUUAUGUAUAUUUACAAUAUUCAUUGCUUUUAAGAUUCAAAAAUAAAUAUUAUAGAAAUGAUAUUUAAAAAAUUCGCGAAAAAAAAUCUUUAAUGUUACUUGUGAAUGUAUGAUACUAGAGAAAUUAAUAACAUAGGAUUGCAUAAAAUAACAAUUACUAUAAAAUAAGCCUAUAUAAUAUGUUUAAAAUAAAAACUUCGACAAAUAGCGAAAUAUGAAAUAUAUAAGUACCUAUACGAUAAUUUUAGUAACUAUUCUUCUUAUUACCAUUACUUAUUAUUAUUAUUAUUAUUAUUAUCAAUUAAUUAAUUAAUUAAUUAUUACAUGAAUAUAAAUAAUUAUAAAAUAAUUAUUUCGUUCCGUUUUUUUCAAUGUUUCUAGUUUUACAUGAUACUCUGAUGAUACUGUAGCAUACAAUUAAAUGUGUUACGCGGAAAUUAAUUGUCUCGAUAGAGACACAACAUGAUAUAAUUAUUACUGUACAUUUUUUGUGGUUUAUUUAACAAUAAAAUAUUAACAUCAAUGUUAA